ACAAGGACUGGAUGUGGAGAACAGGUUUCGUAGAUAUCGCCAGCCCCCCAGGUUUCUGGAGGACUGCAUUUGAGCAUGUUGCAUCGGAGCUUGUUGAUGAGAGCCUGGCGAGUCGCCGCGUCACUAUCUUGCGGAAAGAUAUGUUGCUCCCCAGAUGUGGAGGGGAGGAGGAUGGUGUGCAGAGCACAGGAUGGUUUCUUCAUGGUGUAUAGACAAUGAGGUGUGUUGGAGAAGUCUUCCGAGGCUUGCUACGCGGGAUGUUAGGUCCUCAAAAUAUUUUCAGCUGGAGUGGAUCCUCCAUCGGAGAGUGGCGAGCUGGAUCAUUGCCCUUACGCGAUGCUAUUUCUUUUCAUUGGACGCUUGGACGGAGUUCGUCCCUGACGGAUCGAUCCAUGAUCAUCGUGGUGCUUUCCGUAUUUUGAAAUUUUGAAAAUACCAUCCUAUACUCACCGUAAAGCUGGCUUUUCUCCGGUAUUUCUGUGGCAUUCAUGAUGGAGAUCCAGUCUCUGUUGGCUUUUGGCUGAACCAGACUUUCUUUCUUUGCCCCAAGUCAGCAGCAGCCAGCCAUCAUGCAGCGAUUAUCACGCCCUCUUCAUACGGCCUCCAAACUGUUCAGACACAACCCCCGAUCCACCUCUUCAAUCCACUCAAUUCCCAACAUCCCCGUCUCCGGCCCGACCCUCGCCUCUGAAUUCUCCCACCUAGACACCGUCAACCGCACCCUCCAAAAUGAAGGUAUUCUGCACAUGCAACUCGCCUUUCCCGACGACGAGAGUAGAUAUAUUCAAAACCUCCUCUUAAAUCUCCACAAUAGCCACGCCCACGGCCUCCCACUCACCCAUUCCGCCAACCGCGGCUGGAUGUGGGAUAUCCGUCCCUCCGCGGACUCCUUCCAGAGUAAUAACCAUCAAGCGCGCUCGGAGACAACGGAAGAGUUUCCCUGGCAUACAGAUUGCAGCUAUGAAGCCGAGCCGCCAAGAUUCUUCGCAUUGCAGGUUCUCCAACCAGAUCAGUGUGGUGGAGGCACUUUGUCCGUGCUGAAUGUUGAUCAACUGUUGACGCUGCUGUCCCCGUUUGCGAGGAAGUGGCUGUUUACGCCGAACUAUCGCAUCACUGUUCCACCAGAAUUUAUCAAGUCGCAAGGUGAGACGGAGAUCGUGGGCAAUCUGCUCACGAUUAACCCCAACAGCAAUGCGACGCAACUCCGGUUUCGGGAGGAUAUUGUCACGCCGCUGUGUGAGGAGGCGGCCAAGGCGUUGGCGGAGCUGAAGAGCGUCCUGCUGGGACCUGCGGCGAAAGAGCGGAUUCUGAAUCUCACGCCAGAGAUGUUGCCGCGAGGAUCGAUUAUCCUCAUGGACAAUGGGCGGUGGUUGCACGCGAGAAAUGAGGUUAAGGAUCCCAAUCGACAUUUGCGACGGGUACGCUGGGAUGCACAAAAAUUUUGUACUCAGCCGCAGGUGUGA